AUGGUACACACUCGUUGCAGAUUGCUGCCUCAGGCCCUCUUAUCGCUUAUCGUUGAAUCGCGUCGCGUCUCAGUCUUUCGCCUCGUCGAGCAUCGCAAGAUGGCAUACGAUGAUCGGAAUCGCGCCUUUUUACAGGCCUUUAUGGGUCGCUCCACCCUGACCUUUGAAGAGGCCCAGCCUGUGUUGGCAGCCAUCCUCUCAGUUGGAGGGGAAAGAGUCGAUCCCACAGAUGUCACUGAAGACCAAUUCUACGCCUACCUGGAUGCGGCAAACCGGACAAUCUCCCAGUUUGACCUCGAGAUCCGAAGCUCCUUGCCCCAGGACCCGCAGGCCCAAGAGGACCCUCCCCAGCGGGUGUGGGCGCUGGUCAACAACACCAGUGAUCCCUUGACCCAGCUCGCCACAACGUAUACCGCAGAUGAAGUCGCAUUCAUCAAACGCCUACUGGACUACAUGUUCCUGACAAAUAACACCGUCCGAACCGAAGGAAUGUGCGUCGCACAACUGCAAGCCGUGGGACUACAUAAAGCACCGACGACACGCCCUGCGACCGACGAGCCAUCGCAAACGCAGAGUGCAGCGUCACAGUCCUUGACUAUGACACAAGCGGAGAAGACGAUCCGGAACCUGAUCGAGGAGGGGUGGUUCCAAAAAAGCCGCAAGGGGUAUCUGACCCUUACCCCCCGCGCGUUAAUGGAGUUGCGGGGGUGGCUGGCGAUGGAGUACAAUGACGAGGAAUCGACCAAGAUCCGGUUCUGUGCCGCAUGCAAAGAUAUGGUCACCGUGGGCCAACGUUGCGCUGACAUCCACUGUGAGGGUCGCCUCCAUGACCAUUGCAUACGCAACUUUUUCCGGAUGCAACAGGCAGAACAGUGUCCUGUGUGCCAGGCGGAGUGGCCUGGGGACCACUUCGUCGGCGAGAGGGCUAUUAAUACAAGUUCCAGGCCGAGCGGCGUGGUUCGCCGAUCGACACCGGCCUCGAGUCGCCCCUCCGUUGAGCCCUCGACGCGGUCAACUCCCAGUCGGAUGGUUCUCGAACAAAAUCUGGACGAGGAUAGCGAAUAG